GUUUACUCAGCGUCCUGGCGGAACCUGUCUGUUAGGUGUGGGCUGGCUGGCAUUGCCUUGCACAGGUAUGAGGAGAAAUCCAGCACAAGCCGGAGAGAGGAAGGGAACUCCAGCGGUUCUGUGACGGGAACUUUAAAUUUUUCAUAAAAGUACGCGGGGAAAGGCACAGAGAGAAACACCUGUACAAAGGACAGUGGACGAGGAAACCCGCGGGAACGAGGAAGGACAAAGACUUGAGAGGAAAACACUUCAGAAUGUAAAAUAACCCAGAGGAGAUUCUUCUACUGCAAUUCGAUCAAUGGGUCUGGGAUUCCAAUGUGGCAUUUCAGGCUCUGGGAUGUACAAGACGUUGCCGUGUUUCUCAGCAUCACAAUGUAUAUGUGUUACCUAGCCGGAGCCAUCUCCAUCCACUCCCCCCAGAGGAGCCUGACCAGGUCGGUGCUGGACGAUGUGUUUUUCUCAGUGGACAUUACCUGCAGUGGGGUACCCACCAUACAAUGGACCUUUAUGUCAGGAGCAGUGAGCCGCGCCAUCGGGACCUGGCAGCCGGGGUUGUACACCAACAUAACGGUGGAUUACGGGAACAGAGUGCAGUGCUUCGACAAUGGCUCGAUGGGCCUGUCAGACUUGCGGUUACAGGAUGCCGGAUUCUACGUGGUCACCGUCACGGAAAGCGCAGGAAGCAGCAAGGACACUGGCUUUGUCCUGAAAGUGAAUGAGGUGCUGUAUGAGGAUCUCCAGUACCUGUCCGUCUCUGCCUUAGCACUGGCCUGUUUGGCCGGCCUUCUCAUGCUGGUCAUGUGGCUGCUGGACAAGGCCUACAGGAAGAUAGUGGCAUGGAGACGCAGGAAACAGAUGCCAGAAACGGACGCGACAGAGCUGCAGCACCUUUGAUGGACAUCUCGCUCGAAAAAGCACCACAGACUGUUUAUUCAACCUAACUUAAGUUGGUGUGUGAGGCUUCAUGAAAUAAGUCAUUUUUUGUUGUUCUUUUACUAAAUUACUGAGACAGGAAGAUGGUUUGCCAAUUCUGAAACUGUGUACCAAAAAUGUUGACAUUUGUAUUGAAUACACAUGCUUUUACAGCACACUGAUGACAAUACUGGAUUGAAUGUGAAUAUAUCACUCUUGACACUGGAAAACAAUACAUACUGUAUUUAUUCUCUAAGCAAAGGAAUUGUUUGAUUUAUUUGUUUAUUCUUUACUGAUUGCGUCUUCACAAAUUUUAAUCUGGUGUUUUACAGUAUCAGAUUUCUGAUGCAGUGAUAAAAAAUGAAUCAUGGUUACUUUUUAGGCUUUGAGAGGGAGAGAAUAAAAACAAAGAAGACCGUUACUCAUUUUGAGAUCAGACUAUGCGGAAAGUCAGUUUCUCCAAAAUGCUGUCGUUCAAAUCAGACUGGAUAAAAAUAAAGCAAGACUACAGAUACACAUUCCUCAUAAUAUAAAUCCACCAACAUGUAAGUCCUUAGAAAACCUUCAAAUCAAAUCAUUAUUUUUAUGACAAUAUGAAAAAUAUGCAUAAAUACAUACGGGCGUAAUGUUUUAUUUUGUAUCAAACUGUCUCAGUUGCACACACUCGACAAUAUUGCAUUAUCAAAAACAGAGCAGACAACAGAUGCACUACUGAUGGGGGGGAAAGGGGAUUAUGGCAGUAUUCAAAAGUCUGUGAAUUGUAUGGAAAAAGGUUUACGGGAUGGAAAUGUUACAUUUGACAAAGAGGCCUUUGUUGUGGCUGCAAAGCCCUGUCCAAAUACUGUGGCGGCUACGUUCUCGAAAAAAAAUAAAAAUAAAUAGGCUGCUG